AUGAUCAACGAUGCUUUUUGGAUAUCUAGGGACCAUGUGAAUGUAGAAGCCUGCACAUCGCAUCAACCAGUACAUGAAAGUGAAGAAAGGAUGCCAGAAUUGAAUCAAGGACCUAAUGAGGAAACUAAGGCAUUUUACGAUCUAGUUAGGGAUGGAAAUCAAGCAUUGUAUGAAGGAUGUACGAAGUACUCGAAAUUAUCAUUCCUAGUAAAACUAUAUCACAUCAAGUGCUUGUGCGAAUUGAGUAACAAAGCAAUGUCUAUGAUUUUAGAAUUGUUAAAAGAUGCCUUCGAACAUGCAGAGAUUCCUGAUUCUUUUUAUGAGGCGAAGAAAUUAAUUACCAAGCUUGGUCUUAAUUAUAGUCAAAUAAAUGCAUGUCCAAAUGACUGUAUGUUGUAUUGGGGAGAAGAUGAAAGUAGGGAGACAUGCAAAGUAUGUAACACGUCAAGAUGGAAACAAAGUAGGAAAGGUAACCCGACGAACAUGUCUGGUGGGGGCAAGAAAAGAAAAAAGAAACCUGUCAAAGUUUUACAGUACUUUCCACUUAAACCAUGUUUGCAAAGGUUAUUUAUGUCUUCUAAAACUAUUGAACAUAUGAGGUGGCAUUAUGUGGAUAGUAACAAAGAUGGCUUGAUGAGGCACCCGAGAGACUCUGAGGCAUGGAAGAGAUUCGAUGAAACACACCUUGAAUUCGCAUCAGAUCCACGAAAUGUUAGGCUUGGGUUAGCUAGUGAUGGCUUCAAUCCUUUCGGAACUUUGAGUACCAACUAUAGCAUUUGGCCUGUGAUUCUUAUACCGUACAACUUACCCCCUUGGAUGUGUAUGAAGCAGACUUCCUUCAUCCUUUCAAUGAUCAUUCUGGGAAAGCAAAUGCCAGGGAAUGAUAUCGAUGUUUACUUACAACCCUUGAUUAAAGACUUGAAGGAUUUGUGGGAUGGUGGUGUGGAAACAUUUGACGCUUCACUCAAUCAAAUGUUUAAUAUGCGCGCUGCAUUCAUGUGGACAAUUAGCGAUUUUCCUGGGCUUGAGUUUAGGAAUCCACCAAUGGCACUAUCAGGUUCAGAGAUAUUCAAACAGUUGGAAAAUGUUCAUGUUACAUUUGGGAAAAGGAUGGAGGUUGAAGAUAACAGAAAAAGAACUCGCCAAAAAAAUAUUGUAGAAAGUGGUUGUCAACACUGGAGAAAGAAAAGUAUAUUUUUCCAACUUCCUUAUUGGGAGUACAACUUGUUGCGCCAUAACCUUGAUGUUAUGCACAUUGAGAAGAAUGUGUGUGAUAAGGUCUUGUACACCAUUCUCAAUGAAAGUGGAAAAACAAAAGAUAAUGUCAAUGCUCGAAAAGACUUGAAAGAGAUGGGCAUAAGAAGUAAUCUUUGGCCAAAUGAAAAUGGACAAUAUCAACCUUCUUUAUUUACAAUGUCAAAUGCCCAAAAAGAUGUAUUCCUUACAACUUUGAAGAAUGUUUUAGUGCUUGAUGGUUACUCAAGCAACAUUGCUAGGUGUAUUGAUCUAAAACAUCGGAACAUAUUUGGUUUGAAAAGUCAUGAUUCACAUAUUCUUAUGGAGCAACUGCUACCAAUAUCAAUUAGAAAUGUGUUGCCUAACCAAGUGUCUGCCGUUUUAGUUGAUUUGUGCUCAAUAUUUAGGCAAAUAUGUGGCAAGGUGUUGAAUCCUCUAGACUUUGACAAGCUCCAACGUUGA